AUGGUCGAUCCUGGCGGAGAUUUGUCCACCAUCUGCGGUCCCGUCAACCAGCUCCUUCAGCCACCAACUCCUUGGUGCAAGGCGGAACCCAACCUGUACCAACCCUGGAAAGAUCAGCAAGAAAACAGCCUGGGCUGGGGUCCUCCCUUGUUCGAGAUUUUGAGCAAGGUUAUGAGAAUGCCCGACGGAACUCCCCUUCCUUUCUUUCCAAACCAGUCACUGAUUGCCUGA